GAAAGUGUGUGUGUGUGUGUGUGCGCACUGAUUUGAGAGGCGUAGGAUUGCGGAGGCUGCUCAUCUCGACCCUGUGGUCAGCACGAAAGUCAAAUUGCGCCUGUAAAAAUAAGUGUUUUGCGAUCUUCAUGUCUGUGCUGUAGGCGCUACGGAUACAAACAGAGACUCGACUAGCGCUUUGUGUUGCAGCCAGGAGCCACCAUGGAGUAGAAGGAUCUUUCUUCGUGCACUGAACAUGAACCCAGGUUUGCUAUGAGAGCUUCGUGGUGACCGGAAAUCCUCUAUUGUCGCGAGCCGGGUGCCAAAAUUAAAACGCAAAAGCGAAUAAAGAUGAAGCAGCAUGGAGUGGGUGUUUUACUGACGCUCUGGCUCUUUGUGGAGUGCAUAGAAGCAAAGAAGUACUGCUGGUAUUUUCAGGAAGGAUACCCCACCUACUUCAUAUGUCGUUCGUAUGAGGACUGUUGUGGGACUCGCUGCUGCGUGCGUGCUCUGUCCAUCCAGCGGCUCUGGUAUUUCUGGCUGCUGCUGAUGAUGGGAGUGCUGUUCUGCUGUGGAGCUGGCUUUUUCAUUCGCCGACGCAUGUAUCCGUCUCCUCUGAGUGAAGAGCCUGCCUUUAACGUGUCGUUCACCAGACACCCUGUAAGCACACCAGUUUCUCAGCAGCCUGGCAUUCAGGGCUAUGGUGACCCCAGCAUUGCCAUGACGAUGCCUCUGGCCCCUGCCUACCCGGGUCAGCCCAGCACAGCCCACCUGAUGAGUUCAUACCCACCACCGCCAGCCUACUGCAACCAACCUCCACCAUCUUAUGACCAGGUCUUCAAGACCACAGAGAAGAAGUAGGUCCAGACGUUCACCAUGGCACACACACUCCAACAGAUCGGAUAUAUCUGAGUCAGUACGAUGUGACGUGAAGCUGCCCAGACCCUCCGGCAGCCAACAACUCAAUCUCAAGUAGCUUCAAGUGGCUUGUUUUAAUUUUGUGUGCUUGUUUUAGGAUACAACGUUUUUCUUUUCCGUUGUUCAACAUUUUAUAGGUGGACAAAGUUGAUUUUAUCUGAGUGUGUACUUAAACAAAAAGAACAUGUUUUUUUCAGGGGAAAAAAAUGGAAAGACAGACGAUGCAGAACAUGAACUGUGUUUCAGCUCAAAUAUUCAAAAAUGAUGGACAAUGGCACACUGGCACACUGGAAAGAAGGUAGCAGUAAAUCCAACUGUCAUAUUUUUACUGUUGGUCCGAAUGUACAGAAGAAAAUGUCAGUUAUCAUUGAAGGACGCCUUUUAUUGCUGGGCAAUUUGGAAGCCUGGAGGCUUGGGACAAAGAGGUAAGACCAUCUUUUUUAGAUGGUACAGCAAGGACAUUGUUGUGUUUGAACAAGAGGAACUCUGCAAGCAUCAACAGAUGAUUACUGAAACAGUGUGUGAUUAUCAAGCUGGAAGGACAGCACACCUUUUAAACCACUAGUCAAGCAGGUCCAUACAGGUUGCUCAUUCAUCAUCAUAAUUCAUUUCACACCAGGGGCCAUUGGCUAUUACAAAAAGUGAAGGUAUGAUCCUGAAUCAUCUAAUUGAUGACGACACCCCCAAGAAUAGUCCAUUCAUGAUCCCUGCAUGCAACCUUUUCACUGCCAUACACAGCGCUAACCCGAACUCAAGCCACCUUCCUCCAAUGUAAGUGAUCAGAAGUUUUGUUUUUUUUAAUGUAGCUAUUGGAUUUUACCUUUUACCUUUGAGCAUAGAGGCUGUGUGAUGGUCCUCUGCGAUCCUCCUGUGUCCGUUCAGUUCACACUCUUGAUUUAUGAAGUUAAGCAUUACAAAAUGCACAAUUAACUGCUAGUAUGAGCUGAUAUGCUCUUUUAAAGCAAUUUAUUACACUUUUUAUUACUUUGAGGUUGUAAAAACAAUGGUACAAAUAAGUUAAGCACAAGUUCCAGAAUUGCAAUAAAUGUUCUUUUCUCUUUCUUUGAAAAAAGAUAAAAGAAAAAGUUGAAAUAACAUUUAAUAGUGCAGUGUUUGGGACAAAAAAAAAAAAACAAAAACCAUAUAUAGCCACAGGAUUAAUAUUAACACUUCACCUUAAUGAUGACAUGCCUUGAAGCCCAGUGUCUUUUCUUAUUCAUGUGAAAGAAACUUGAAGUGGAGGGUUAAAGUAAAGUUUUUGAAGCAUUCUUGCAAGGUUUUGAGAGAUGUUUAGAGUGAAAGAAUGUCAUUCAAGCAUGAGUAGGAGGCGGUUGGAUAACAGAAUAACAUUUGCUAGGUUUAUUUUUGUUGAUUAUGUACAUUUAAAUGGCUGUUCUAUGCAAAGUCAAGAUGGGGUCAGUUUUAUGUACAACUUGCUUAGUAAUUGUAAUAGGUGUGUGUCGUAUCACUGUAUUAGACUUGGCUGAAAGACAUGCAAGUUAGAGGUGUAAGUGCUAUUACAUGAAACCGAGCGGCAAGCUGUAGGAGCUAAACGCAAGGAUUUCCGUCCUUUAUCAAAACAAAAGAUAAGAAGAUAUUUUCUCUGAUGUUCUGUCAUAUUGUAUCCAAUAAACUGUCAUUGCCAUGUCAGUAACCAACAAA